AUGGAGAAGGUCCUGAAGGAGAAGCUGAUGGAGUGGCGGCCGCGGCAGCCCACCCGCUGGAACCGCUACUGCACCUCCACGCUGCGCCACUUCCUGCCCCGGCUGGAGCUCAGCGGGGGGCGCGACCCGGACGACCAGCACCGCCUGGAGCUGCAGGCCCUGCUGGGGGACUACCGGAUCUCGGGGUUCCCCCUCCACCUGCCGUUCUCCGAGCUGCGCCCGGUGGUGGAGGCGGUCUUCAGCACGGGGGUCCACAGCGCGGAGGCCUCCAACGUGGAGUUCGCCCUGGCCGUGUACGUCCACCCCUACCCCAACAACGUGCUCUCCGUCUGGGUGUACCUCGCCUCACUGCUGCGCUCCAGGUAGCCCGGUUGGCCCCGGGCUGCUUCCACACACAAGAGAGCAUUAAUGCUACAGUGCUGCUUUUAUACAUGUUACUUACUGUAGGCCUAAGCUAGCACUAGCGCUGCUGUACUGCUUUUGUACAGCGCUAGCACUAGCAUUACCACACUACUUUGUUUAGCGAUAGCAUUACUGUACUGCUUUUACACAGCGCUAGCGCUAGCACUACUGUUGUACAGCGAUAGCGCUAACGUUACUGCACUGCUUCUGUGUGUCACAUUGGCAUCAGGUUAUAUUGCUAAUAGCCACCAGGGGGCGUUCCUCACGUUAUUGCUUUUAUAUAUCAAGGGUUACUUUUUUAUAACAUUUUAACCACCAACCAGCCAGAGUAUAUUUUGUGGGAGUUUCAGGACAGAUUAUGUAUAAUAAUGUAUGAUUGGGUUCUCAUAACCUCACAUCAUGUGUAAACAUUGUUUUCCUAAACGUAUUGCUUUGUAAUAUAGUCGUUUAUACCACACCUGUACGACUUGUCUCUCCCUCAGUGGGCACACCUGUACGACUUGUCUCUCCCUCAGUGGGCACACCUGUACGACUUGUCUCUCCCUCAUCAGCACCACACCUGUAUGACUUGUCUCUCCCUCAGUGGGCACACCUGUACGACGUGUCUCUCCUCAAUCAGUGAAGGACCAGCAGGCGAGGAAGUGAAACAAAAACUUUAUUGUUCUCCAGGUGACGCUAGUGUCUCCUCAUGCGCUGUGAGACUUCCUGUUGUAUAUCCUCAACUUGACCUCAGGGGUCAGUGACCCAGCCUCUGGUCUCACUACGUCAGUGGAGUGUUGACGACCCCGUCCUGAAAGUGACUUAUGAGCGGCUGUAAGCUAAUGUUAAAGCUAACGUUAGCGUUGCUACGGGCCGUUCAGAGCAGAGCCCAAACCGUUUUGAAACCGGUUCUAAACCUCCCCGUGUGGCGAGAGCAGGAACAGAGCACAUCACCACGUUUAAAUCAUCAGCCGACACCUGGGCUGACACAAGGACUGAUCAGAUACUAUUCAGACGAGGGGGAGAGAGAGAGAGAGGGCGUGGUCGACGAGAGGCCAGGUGAAGUGUCGAGGGGGAUCUGGAUUCGUCCUCCAUGCCCUACAGAGCCAGAACGGGCUUUAGCGUAAGCAUUAGCCUUCCGUUAGCCUUCCUCCAUGCCCUACAGAGCCAGAACGGGCUUUAGCGUAAGCAUUAGCCUUCCGUUAGCCUUCCUCCAUGCCCUACAGAGCCAGAACGGGCUUUAGCGUAAGCAUUAGCCUUCCGUUAGCCUUCCUCCAUGCCCUACAGAGCCAGAACGGGCUUUAGCGUAAGCAUUAGCCUUCCGUUAGCCUUCCUACACAAACGUUCCCUAGAAAAACAUUUGGGAUCCUUUUACAGUUUCAUCCACAAACAUUUCAUCAAUUAACAACAUGUACAGCGACUGGGAUUCAGGUUAA